AAUCAGUCCAUCCAGCGUACUCAACUUCCACUGCAAGACAAGAGUUUAUUGAACCCAUCAUGGGGGAUACUAAGCUCUUUGUUUUGCUGCUUUUAUAUACCAUUGUCGUUACUGAUGCUCAAGAUGAUAGAGCAGUGUGCCUUUUGGCCAAAAGGUACAAGAGCUUUCACAAGUAUGAGUACCUCUAUGAAUCCGAGUCUCUGAACACUCUGAAUGGAGCUAUCAAUGGACCCAAAGUCAGCUGCAAGGUUGAGAUUGAGGUCCCUGGCACAUGUCACUUCAUUGUGCUCACCAAGGAGUGCACACUGAGCGAAGUUGUCAGUGUCGAUGCAGAUGGAAACCCAAUCUUUGGAUCUACUGCUGGUGCUGAGACCUUCAAGGAUCAAAUGGAGAAGAACCCAUUAAAGGUCAUUGUAGAAGGUGAGAAUGACAUCAAGCUCUUCCCUGAGGAUGGUGAGCUAAUCAACAUCCUAAAUAUCAAGAGAGGUAUCAUCUCUGCCCUGGCUGUGCCUGUGCUCCAAGAAGAAAAGAAUAAGCAAAUGCCUACCAUCCAUGGUCUGUGUGAGACUGAUUACACUGUGAACACCAGGGAAGAUAUUGCCACUGAUGUGACCCUCAACAGGGACUUAUCCAGAUGUGACCAGUUCAGGCCAAUCAAGGACCACACCAGCCCUCUGGCUAUAAUUACAGGCAUGCACUACCCACUUGCUCAGUUUAUCAGAAGCAAACAGACUUGCAGCUACAAAUUUGACAAUACAAAGAAACACAUGACCUCUGGGGUUUGCACUGAGGACCACCUCCUUGUGCCCUUUUCAUAUAAGGAGAAGUACGGUGUUACCAGUGUUAGCAAACAGACACUGUCUCUGUUAGGAGUGACUGAGUACAAUGAAAGAGUGUUUGAUCACAAAGAGGCCAACAUGAAGACACUGCACCUGGAUGAGAGUGUUGAUAUGAGCCCCAGUCAAGAUAAAAAUGCCAUCCUUGCUGUUCUGAGGGAGCUCUCUGGCCUUUCCCACACCAACAAUGGACAAAAGAGAGCUCACCUUGCUUACAAGCUUGUAGCUGUGAUGCGAAAGAUGAAUGCUGAUACACUGUCUGCUGCUUUGCCAGAGGCUCUGGAAAUCUCUCCAUCCCUGACCUAUCAGGCUCUGUUCCAGUGUGGCACACCAGAGUGCAGCAGUACCAUGAUGCAAGUCCUCAGGACCUUCAAAAGCUCAUCCACUGAAAUUGAUGCUGCAGUCUAUGCCAUGGGAAUGGUACCCAACCCCUCUCGUGUGCUUGUCAAGGAAAUGCUGGAGAUGGCCAAGUUUAAGCCAAGCAAACUCAUUUACUAUGCUACCAGCAAUGCUGUUAGAAGGCUCUAUAAGGCUGAAGGAAGAGUCACCCCUGAAAUCCAGGCAGUGGCAGAUUAUGCCUUUGAAAAUAUUGGGGACUGCACAGGUGACCAGGAACACAUCUAUCUGACUCUAAGAGUUAUUGGAAACAUGGCUGAAGCUGUAGGUGCUGCCAGUCCUGCCCUGAAGUCAGCUGUGAUUCAGUGUAUUAACCAAGCAGCUGCCUCCGCCAAGGUUCAGCAAGCAGCCAUCCAGGUCUUCAGACUGACCACAAUCCCUGAAGAGGGCAGAACAGUGCUAAUGCAGGUUCUCCUGGAUGGAGCAGCUCCUGUGCAGAAACGUAUUGCUGCUUACCUCAUUCUCAUGAAGAAUCCCCAGCCUGAUGAACUUCUGCGUUUGGCUGCAGCUCUACCCAGUGAAGGAAAUCUUCAAGUCAAGAGCUUUGUAAUAUCUCACCUCACCAACAUUCUGAGCUCUACUGCACAAGAGACCAAAGAGCUCAGGCAGAAAAUCUUUGACAGCCUUCAAGGCAAUGAGGUUGGAAAUCUCAUGGACGCCACUCAGUUUUCUCGUAACUACAAAUUUGGCUUUCUGGAGGGAAAUAUGAUCUUUGACAAAGAAAAUGAACUGCCAACAGAAGCCAUGCUUGAAAUGACCCUGAAUGCUUUCGGAUUUGACAUAGACAUGGUUGAGGUUGGUAUGGAGGGUAAGGGACUUGAGCCAACUGUUGAGGCCUUGUUUGGUCCAAAUGGUUUCUUUCCUGAUACAGUGAUGAAGGCUGUCUACUAUGCUACUGAUAAGAUGCCUUCCCAAGUUAAUGAGAUCCUCAAGACCAUGAUCCCAGCCUUGAAUGACAGAAAAAAGAGACAGGUACCAAAAAAUAUUAUCAGAGAAAUUGGUAAAAAUGUUGACAAACUACUCAAGAAACUGAAGUCCCAAGAUAGCCCUGAAGCCAUGCUCUACCUAAGGUUGUUGGGUGCUGAACUUGGCUAUCUUAAAACCAACGAUUUGGAGGAAAUGGCCUCCUCUGUGACAAAGGUGGCUGAAAAUCUCCUGAAGAUGUUCCCUACUGAUUUUGUCAAGAGUUUGUUCUCAAGUACAGACAAUGAGCUUUUCCUUCAUUACAUCUUCAUGGACAAUGAGUUCUACCUGCCGACUGGUCCUGGGCUUCCACUGAGGGUGGCUUUGUCUGGUACCUUUACACCUGGUGUUAAAGGAGGACUCAGAAUUAGACCAGAUAUGAGUGAGAUUUCUUUCAUGCCAUCUGCUGGUGUUGAGUUUGUGACUGAAAUUGGUGCACACCUCCCAGACUAUGUUCACUCUGGUCUGGAGAUGCACACCAACAUCUACCAUGAGAGUGGGAUGAGAGCUAAAGUUGCAAUGACUCGUAAUCAGAUCAAGCUGACCAUCCCUGCUCCUGAAAGCCCAGUGAAGGUUCUCAGUGUGAGCAACUCCAUGGUGUCUGUCACUGGUGAUAAAACUACAGCCAUCCCUCCUAUGAUGGACCGUGUUGAUGUGAACAAAUGCACACCUCUCUUCCCUGGUGUGAAAUAUUGCAGUGCCCUUCAGUACUCUGAUGCCAUGUUCAAUGAUGCCUCCCCAUACUUCCCCCUUUCUGGUGACAGCAAAUUUGCUAUUGAGCUGCACCCCACAGCUGAUGUCUCUGAGUACACAGCCACUAUUAACUAUGCACAUGAGGAGAACACUGACAAAGUCACAUUUGAUGUAAAAGCUGAAGGAACAACCUUUGAGGCCACAUCCAAGUUCAUGUUCAAUAGAAAGGAAUAUACUGUUUCUGCUGAACUCCAAAUCCCUGACUAUGACAUCGAGGCUGGAAUUCGAAUUGGCUCUGCUGACCCAAGCACGAAGGGCACACAUUCCAUCCAGAUUGACCUCAUCAACAAGAACAUCCCUCAGGCAUCUCUGAUUGGUCUGGCCAAGAUUGAGGCGAUGAAAGAUGCCCUGCUGCAGGUUCAGUUGCUUGUCCCAGAUUUUGAGGCUGAUGCAAAAGUAAUUGCCAGGCUAAAGCGUGAAGAGGAAUUGGAAGUUGAGCUUGAAAAUGACCUCAAGUUAUUUGACAUGUCCUCUGUGCAGAAAAUCAUCCUAAAAUAUGACCACGAGAAAGUUGAAGCUCAGAUUAAGUCAGAUGUCAACUCUAAAACCCAGAAAAUUGUUUCCAAUCUUCACACCAUCAAGGCGCACAUCAAUGACAUCUUGGAUGAGAAUUUUGGACAGACUAGGACAAAGGUCUGUGAUAUUUUAGCCUCAUCAAUUGAGGCCACAAAUUCCUAUAUUGCAGCUUCCAAGAUCCCAUAUGUGGAAAACCUAAGGGUUCCUUCCCUCCAUGAGUUUGAGGUGCCUGAGAUGCUGUUUUUAAAUAUUGAGACAGGUGCAAAGUACCACUUUGGGAAGCAUUACUACACCAUCAUCCUGCCAAUGCCUCUUGGUGGCAAAUCAUCCAAGGACCUGAACUUUCCUCCUGCUCUAACCACACCAAAUCUGGAUGUACCUCAACUUGGUCUGAAUAUUGCCUCUAUUAAAGUCCUUCUUCCUGAGAUUUUUGUUCCCAAGACCCUUACUCUGUCUCUGCCCACCCUUGGAAAGGCUGAACUGACCAGUAAGCUUAGCAGCAACCUCUAUGAUCUGGAGGCAACUGUGUCUGCUGGCAGAGAUUCUGAUGAAAAUCAAGGCUACUCUGCUAAAGUUGGUGUAACUGGAUCUGGCCCUGUAGAUCUCCUUUCCCUUAGAAUUGAAGGAUCAGCCUUAAUUAAUGGAUUAAUGACUGAUACUCUAAGGGCAGAGUUGAACACUGUUCUCAAUCACAAGCUCAUUGAUGCCAAAAUCAGCAUUGCUGAAGAAGUACAACUGAUGGAGAAAAUCAGUAUAAAAUCAAGCAGCAAGUUAGAAGCCACCAGUCCCUUCAAUGUAAAGUUUUCUCUGGAACAUACAGGUCAAAUGGGAGUCAAUAUAGAAGAGAUCUCUGGAGAUAAUCACUUAAAAGGAUCCUUUGUGACUGGUCCUAUUGACGGUGAUGUCUCCCUCACACAGUCACUUGCUAUCUUCCCAUUCAAGCCAGAGGCAAGAAUUGAGUCAACAUUCGAAGUUAGUUCAACUCCUUUCCAGGCUCAGAACAAAAUUCUAGCAAGUUUUGCUAAUGGAGAGCUAUCAGUUGUAUCAAACUCAGCUGCAUUUGAGGAUAUGCUGACACACAAUGCUGAAGUUACUCUCAUGAGAUCGAAGUGUGCUCUUAAAUCAGACACUAAGGCAUUGGCUCUGGGGCUGAAUAUCCAUAAUAUUGCUGAAGCAAACAUUGGGAUUGAAGCCAUCAGCAUAAGGAUUGAAACGAAAAGCAGUCAUUCUGAAGACCAUAUUAACUCCCUGAUGGUUGCAGCUCUCAAUAGUAAUGGACUGGUUGUUAACAGUGAUGCUUCUGUGAAGCUAGCUAAACACACAGCUACUCACAAAGCCAGUGUGACCCUGGACAAAAAUGGCCUAACAACCAGUGGCACCACCUCAGUGAACAGCCUGUUUACUCUUCAGAAUACUUUCAGUGGUAUCUUGCAAUCUUCUCAAUUUUCUCUAUCAGCUGAGACAAAAGGAACCUAUAUUGGCAUGUCUAUUGACAAUAGCAACUCCAUAUCUGCCUCAAUGUCUUCUGUAGCUUUAUCUUCUAAGUCUCAAGUUGAAGUUGCCCGGGAUAUAUGGUACAUAUAUGACAUCUUGGUUAAGGCAGAACCUUAUACUGCAACUGCUAGUGUGACAAGUCAUUUGAAGCUUGCCUCUGAUACAGAGCUGAAAAACACCUGUGAAAUCAAGCUUGAAGAUCUGACUGGAAAUGUUAAGUGCAGUACUGCUGGAAAACUCAUAGGAGCUCAUCUGAUCCAUGAAGCUGAAAUGGAGAUUGUUGGACUUGGUGUAAGAAUAAACAAUGAUGCCCGCUAUACAUCCCAAUUUGUUCGCUUCUCCACUAAACUUCAGGCCACUGCUGCUCCUUUCACUUUUAAUGUGCAUGCCCUUGCCAAUGGCGAUGGGGAACUGUAUCUUUUUGGAAAACACAGUGCACAGGUGUACACCAAAUUCCUUCUCAAAGCAGAGCCACUUGCUCUUGCCCAUUCCCAUGAAUGUAGAAUCUCAACUACACAUGAGUUAAACAAUCAAGUCAUUUUUGAGGCCAACUUUGAUAAGAAGGUUGACACCCUUCUGUCAUUUUCUGAGCAAUCCGCAACAGUAACAGUAAAGUCUAAAAUAAACAACAAUGUUUUUAACCAAGAACUUCGUGUUUAUAACAGCCAUGAGAGGACUGGACUGGAAGUGUCUGGAGGAGCCACAUUUAGAGAAAGCCAAGAUUUCUCUAUCUCCGCUUUAAUCCAGUAUGAUAAGAACACAGAUAGUCACGUUAUCAACCUGCCACUUUUGGAAAGUCUACCUGCAAUCCUGGAGAACCUCAAACUCACAACUGUGAAUCUUGCUGAGGCAUUACAGGAUUACAUAAAAAGAGAAGAAUUUAAUGCUCAGAUUCAGGCCCUUCUACAGUACUUGAUAGAUACUGUAACUGAGUUUAAUCUUAUAGAAAAAGUUGAGCAGUUUAAAAAGAACCUGGUUACAAUUUUGAAGAACUUUCCAAUCAGUACAAUGGACCUGGAGGCUGCUGUGAGUAACCUGAAGAUUGCCACAGUGUUUGUGAUGGCUGAUUUAGUUAAUCGUGCCCAAGAAGUACAGGAACAAAUUUUGAGUCGAGCUGACACAGUUAUGCAGAAGAUAACUUUAUUCAAUGAAGAGUAUGACAUCAAGGGCAUGCUUCUUGCUGUCAUUGAAGCCAUUGAAAAUGUGAUUAAACAGAUUGAUAUGACUAAACUGAAAGACAGCAGCAUUCCUGUAUUCUAUGAUGUUGAAGAACUGAACGUCAUUAAAGUGCAUCUACAGCAGUAUAUGACAGACCUGAAGUCUGUGGUCACGGAUUUUGAUAAGGCUCAGCUCGUGGACCAAAUGCAAAACAUCAUUAAAUCAACUGAGAUGUACACAGAGCGUCUGCUUGCCAAAUUACCCACAGAAGAUAUAAUAGAGAUUGCUGAUACACUACUGGAGAUAAUCAACGAACUGGACAUCUUUGGCAAGUGUAAAGUUAUCUACAACAACUUUAGAGAAGUUAUCAUAAAAUAUGAGCUUCACAAGAGGACUGAAGAAUUUCUGGACAAGCUUGUGGAACUCAUCAAACAGUUCAAAAUUGAUAAAACAAUUCAAGUCCUUGAUAAAACUCUGAAAUCAAUUCAGAUUCCUUUCCCACGUAUGCUGGAUGAUGCCCUCACCUACCUGAAGUCAACUGACAUAAAGCAGAUUAUUGAUGAUUUGAAUAUAUUAAUUGAGGCUUAUGUUCAAUCAGUGAAGUCGUUUGAAUACAAUACAUUUGUAGAAGAGGUUAAUCAAAAACUAACCAAGUUUACAGCAGAUCUUAACAAACUUAUCGUGUCACUUGAGCUUCCCAAGAAACUUGAGGCAACUAGAGAAUUCAUUAACUAUGCCCUGUCAUCUAUGUCUGCUUCCUUGGAACAGCUAAGAUCCUCAAGUGUUUCAGAUGUCAUAAAAAUCGUGACAAAUUUCAUUGACACUCUUGUCCUGAAUGACAUUAAGACAAUUGCUGAGAAUUUCAAGCAGAAUCUCAAUAAUAUGGACAUCAGAGGAGAACUGCUACAGGCUUUGCAGCAAGUGAGUGAUAUCUACAGCAAGGUUUUGUCUGUCCUCACUAAUGCAUUUAAUGACUAUGUCGAGGUGGCAACAAAAGUCCUUGGUGAUCAGCAGUUUGUCACUGAGCUGAAGCAAAUCAUUGAUAAUGUUGUCAAAGUCCUGAAGACAUCUGAAAUUGAGAUACCCUCCUUCACUGUCCCACUGACUGACCUGGUUCUUCCCUCCAGGAAAUUCAGUUUGCAGCAACUUCAGGAGGCUGAGUUACCUGUACAGUUUAGCCUUCCACAAUUCACCAUUCUGGGAUCCUAUACUGUCCCAGCAAUCACCAUCACAUACGACGAUAUCAAGCAAUUACUCAUAGACCUUGCUGACUUCAUAAUCAAUUUUAAUGCUGAGGCAUUUGCUAAUAAUGUUUACAUUGAAAAACUCAGAGUGAACUUGCCUGAACUCUCUACCUUCACACUGCCAGUGGUUACUUUACCAUAUAUUUCCUUUCCUGCCAUUCCUAAAUUAAAUAGUAAUCACAUUCUUGACAUUCCUCUUCAGAUUCCUGAGAUCAAACUGCCAAAAAUCCCUAAUUCACUGAUUUUGCCUGCACUUGGAAAGCUCCAUGGCAAGAUCAGGGUCAACAGCCCCAUUUACACCCUGAGCACCUUUGUUGAAUUUAAAAAUUCCACAGACACUGAACAAAGGCAGCACUUUAUUGCACUUAUUAAUUCUGUAGGGGAAUCUUCAAGCUUUAAGAUUCUAGACUAUAAUUUAAAUGCCAGUGUACGUAUUGGUCUCCCAAAAAUGAGCCGUAUGAUUAUUGCAGAUACUUUAAAGUUCAUACAUAGUGCCCUUACUGUUGAACAUCAGGCCUCAGUAACAUUAUACGGCCUCUCUGCCCAGGCCACUGCCCAUACAAAUGUGAAGGUAAUGACCACACCUUACACAGCAGACUUCAGAAACACAGCAUUCUUUGCAGUGGAAGAUGGAAUGUCAGCAUCUUCUGAUACAACUUACAAGCACCAGGUGAACAUUCCUUUCCUAUCACUGACCAGUGAGGCUACACUGACCGAGUCAGCAUUUGUUUUGCAGAAGGACGGCGCCAUUCAAUUGACAGUUGGCAAUACAGGCAAGGGCAAGUUUGCUCUUUCUGGAUACUCUAAUGAGGGAACCCACAAAAGUGACCUGCUCUGCACUAUUGCUCCAACAACUGUUAAAUUGACUUUUACUGGUGACACAAAUCUUAAGGGAGCUAUAAGUGGUACUCUAACCAACGCUGUAAACAUCAUUGUCCAUCCUACUGAAAUCACUGUUGAUAUCAAGAACAAGGGCAAUGGCAAAGUUAGUCUUCAAGAGUCACUUUCCACCAAAUUUGAAAUUCAGAAUGAACAUGCCUUAAUUCUCAACCGCUUGAAACAGCAUAUUAACAAUGCAGCACUUUUGCGCUUCAGCCAGAACAAAUACAGCUAUAACUUCACACUUGAGAACAACAAUUUUGAGACAGGAAUUUAUACUUCUGUAAAUGGUGAGACUGAUCUGGAUUUUCUAACUGUUCCUAUUAGCAUUCCAGAAAUUGCUAUACCAGUCAUUGAAUUAACAAUCCCAGCCAUCACUGAUGUCAACUUGUAUGAGAUUAUUGGCCUGAAGUACCUUACAACCAAGCCAACUGUUGAUGUAAAUGCGAAAAUUGUCUACCAAAAGAGCAGGUUAGCAUCAAUCAUUGAUCUUGGUUUCAUGAGCUUUCCUGGUGUAGGCAACUUAAUCUCUGAGAUAUCUUUCAAGUCCUCUAUUUUCAACCUAAUUACCAAUGCUGGAUUAUAUGGAGAUAAUGAUCUUGUCGUCCGCAUCGCUGCUACUUCUACCUCUGUGUUUGAAGAACUGAAGGCCAAACUUGAGGGUACAAGCAGCCUCACCUUUAAGAGAGGACUGAAACUGGCUAAUGCUUUAUCUCUGAAGAAUGCUUACAUUGAAGGAACCCAUAACAGCACUGUGACAGUGAACACUGAACUUUUGGAAGCUGCAGUAGCUGUGACUACAGUUGCAAACAUGAAUCUGCCCAUCCUUAGCAUUGAAGUAAACCACAAGCUCCUUGCAGACACCAAAACCCAUCCAAAUGCAGUAUCUACACUAACAAUCAAACAAAAAUGUGACCUUCCCAUUAUCAUGGCUGUUGGGAGUGGUGAAGCUGAACACAUUUUGAAGGUAGAUGCAGCUGCUUCCUAUAUUUCUAUGGACUCCACCACAAAGGGUAUGAUUGAUGGAUCUUUCCUGGAAACUGGCAUUGUUAAAGGAGCUUUGGAUAAUGAAGCAACCAUGCACAUGACUGGUGAAGUAGUACGUUCCAAGCUGAGCACUACUGGUAAUGUAAAUGUUAAUUAUGGGGAUAUCAAAGUAGAGUUUGAUGUCAAUGAAAACUUUGACAUGGAGUCAGCACUUAAUCAUGUGUACACUGUCAUGAAUAUUGUUUCUAAUAAUGAAGUCAACAUUGCCACUUUCAACACCAAGGGUAAGCAUGUUGCCAAAGCCACUGUUGAUUUGGUUCCAAUGAGAUCCCUUGUUACCAAUGUAGAAUUUGACUUGUCUCAGCCAACCAAUCUCGGUGAUUUCACCAUCUAUGAGAAGACAGCUGUUGACUUGACUCUCUUCAAGCAGAAGAUUUCCUAUUACACAAAAAUGGUUUCCCCAGUAUAUAACACAAAUAUUGUGGUUGAGAUGGAAGCUGAUGCCCCAAUCUUCAAAGUUGUUUUCAAGUCCUCAGCCAAAUCUCCAUUUGUACUCCUGGACUAUGAUCUUGACAGUUAUCUGUCGACUGUUGUGGAAAAUGAAGUCCUGAAUGCAAGAGCUAAGGCUUUCCUUGAACAUAGUGAUUUCACCAUAGACUUCAACAGUAUUUUUACACCAAGUGCUCCCAGCCAUACCAUGAAUGUUGACAUUACCAGCCAAACUUUUACGGAUGUGAACCUUCGUUAUGCUGCUCAUAGAGAGGGAGUGACUGCUUCAAUUUCCUCACCAUCGACCAGCUUACUUGGUUUUCAGCUCUUGGGCAAGGCCCCAUCUCAGUUGACUUCACGUGUCUAUAGCCAAUAUGCGUCUGCACCUGAAAAUGACAUCCUGAAAGUAAAUAUUGCUGCAGAUAGAAACGAAAAAAUACAUUUCCAGGCUGACUGCAACCUGCAAGCUCCCAAAGAAAUGAUCCUGGGGCUGAAAUCAAGAUUGCCUGCCAUCACUUCUGCUAUUUCCAAAUUUGCAGAAAAGUAUGGUAUUCUUGAUGCCAUCAACGGUCUGAAGACAACUCUUUUCAGUGCUCUAAAUGAAGCCUUCACUAUUUCAUACAAUCAUUCUCCCGAUCUCGGCCAGCUAUCUAUUUUGUUCAGAAAUGUUAUUGUUCAGUACAGUAAGGCCAUUCAGCAACUACUUGAUGCUGCCGUUACCUUCCUGAGGGAGACCCAAAUUAAGCUGCCAGGUAUGGAGGAAACUACACUGCCUGAGAUCUUCCAGCAAAUCAAAAGCAGCAUUGCUGCAGUGUAUGAAAAAGUUAUUGAUGCUAUCACUGUCAACCUAAAAGCCCACUUAUCUACUGUUAAGACCAUCAGGAUAGUUCUGCCUGAUGGUGAGAUCUUAACUGGAGAUGAAAUCCUUGGUUAUAUGGAACAUGCCCUGACCCAAAGUGUGGAUAUGAUAAGUCAGCUAGAUAGUCUUGAUGUAAUUUUUGAGAAGCUGGGUCAAGCCUUACAAGUGAUUGUAGAUAUGGCCCAGAUGUACAUUGACUUCAUCCAAUCAGAUUUUCUUGAUAAUAUUGCUGCAGAAAUCAACACAUUCUAUACUGAAAAUAUUAGGUUAGUCAAAAUCCAGAUUGAGACCCUUAAUAAUUUCACCAUCGAUAAAUUGAAUUCUUUUCUUAAUGUAUUCAUGGAGUUGGCCUUAUUCAUCGUGGAGGAGUUCAGAAAGAAUGUUUCUACAGUUUUUCCGACAGAUUCAGAGCGCUUUGUUAAUGUUCAUAAUGGAAGGCUAAAAAUGGACAUUUCUUUUCCCUUGUAUCAGUAAACAGACACAACUGAACCUUUAAAACAUAUGAAAUACUACCAACUGCUGUUAAGACUGAAUUAAAGCAAGCAUCAUUUCAGCAUGUAUGUCUAGCAGCCAGAACUCUCCUGCACACAUUAUUAUUAUUUCUUUGCAUUAUUCUUUUUGUGUGAACAAGAAAUUCUAUAAAAUAAACUGAAAUCAGUAAAACUA